AUGGAAGACACCGAAUCAAGAAUUCUCAGAAUUUUACAAUCCAAUCCAGAUGGGGUUGAAGACUAGCUUUUAACAGUUGCUCUUAAGGAUAUUGAUGAGGCUUAAAAAGUUAUCUCUCUCAACAGAUUGAUUGAUAAUAACAGAGUAAUUUUAUUUGUUUCAGGCAAAGGACAACCUGUGUAUAAGUAUCAGAGUGAGGAUUAGGCUCUUAAACUGAGAGAUCUUCUGCCAGAAGACGUUCUUGUUUAUUAGUUAAUUGAAGAAUCAAGAGACAAAGGCAUACAAACAUAAGAUCUAAAGACAAAGCUGAUGCCCUAGGGCUUUAAUUCUGCAAUAUUGAAUAAGAUACUUAAAAACCUAGAAAAGAAAGGACUCGUCAAGAAAAUUAAAUCUCUUCAGCAGAAAAAUAGAUUGGUUUGGAUGCUUAUGGAAGUUGAACCGUCCUCAGAGGUAACUGGAGGAAUGAUUGGCUAGGACAACUUUAACUUAAAAUUGAUAGAAGUAAUACAGGAUAGAGUAGUUGAAUACUUAAGGAAAUCAGGUUAGACUUCAUACAGAGAGCUCAGUCUACACAUAAAAUAAAUUGGAGUCAUUCCAUAAGGCUAAGAAUUUAGAGAUGAAGAUAUAAAACAGAUCAUUCAAGUAUUGGUUUAUGACUAAUUAAUUGAGCAAACUUAUUCUUUAGCAGGUCCAAGUAUUUAAUCUGGAGAAAACGCAAUUUAUAAACUUAGCAAUAAUAAGUACCCCCAUCAAGUAUAUUACACUCAAACUCCCUGUGCCCACUGCCCAGUAAGAAAUGAAUGCGGACCGAGUAAUUUAAUUAACCCUAGAAGUUGUCAAUAUCUAAAUGAAUGGUUAAAUGCUUGA